ACGUUCCCACUGUCGGAGUCGUUUCAAUCGGCGGGACCGAGUAGCUGUUAAGUGCAAUAACGACACAUGUGAUUGUGCUUCCUGUAUUCACACACGCAAGACAAAACAGUCUUCAGUGACGAGGUGUACAGUGCUGCGCGUAAACAAGUAUCUUCCAGCUGCCAGCUGUUUAGAAGUGCAUCCUGAACAAACACACACUCCUCCAUAUGUUGUUAAUAAUCUGUUAUUCUCAGCUAUAUUGAUUGGAUUGGCCUUGAUUAUGACCUUGCUCUCCAAACUCUCUUGAAACUCCAAAUUCCACCUGAUGACAUGUAUGUUAUGGCUUUCUGCGAAUGCAUAUCAAUAAACUAUAUGUGCCUAUGCACUGUCAGGCAAAAUCAAUACCCUGAACCUAUACAUCAAUUUACACCUCCUAACUACCUAUGUCAGUGAAAACUGCAUUUGUGAUUUAUUGCUCACUAUCUAAAUUGUUAAAUUUUAAUUUGAUGAGUGUACAAUUGUAAAACAUGGAUGAAGUGACAUACUUUGUGUUCAGUAGGUACAGCAUAACAUCAUAUGCCCUACUAGCUCCUAUAGAAGAGAGAGCACUUCCAGAGGUUAGCAUGGAUCCAUCAUGCUCAAGAUCCAGCUGUGAUGUAUUAGAAGGGGCAAGUAGAGUUCACUUCGAAAGCAAUGCAGAGAUUAAGACUGAAAAUGACUCCGACACAGCAGACAAAGACGGCAAUGAGAAUAAUGGUAGACAACAAAUUGAUGACUUAGAACGAGAAGAUUUUGAUGAGGAGAAUAGGAUACUAAAGCAUUGUUCCGGUUUGGGCAUAGUUGAUGGCAAGCUAGGUGCCACAGCGCAUUUCUCAGGCAACCUCUCCAGUGCCAACUCUAGCUUGGCUUCCAGUUCAGAAACAAUAUCUACCUUCCCUCAACUCAUAGCUAACGACUUCAGUAUGCCGGGCUGCAGUAAAAGUGAUGACUGCGAAGACAGCAAUGCAACAAUCAAAAAUAUGAUCCAUUCAAGAAAAUACAUGGAUGAGCCUCGAAAAGAAGAAGUAUAUAAGCCUGAUUUUAUGCAGAAACUGUUGAGUAGCAACACAGAGGAGAAAAAAGAUUUUCCUAAGGGAAAGUUAUAUAAGGCUGAGACUGCGUGUGAGUUGGAGGGUGGUGAGAACUGUGAGCUGGAAGGAGUGAGCGGGCCCUCAGGGCGGACCAGCUCCAACGCGUCGAGCAUUGCGAGCACCAGUUCCGACAGCACUAAAGACUUCAGUGUACCUUCCACGUCCAAUGCGGAGAAACUGCUCGGCCUAGGCAACUGCAGCGGGAAAAACGAAUCAAGCAGCUCUAAAUCAUCGAGCUAUUAUUGUGAUGGGGAUGAUGAUUCAGACGAUGAUAUGAAUGAAGAUACGUGUUGCACUUGCCUGUCUUCUCACGAGGAUGACGACGAUGAUGACGAGCCAGAACCUGACGAAAGACUCUGGAGGAAAAGACGCUAUGAGCCUCCACCGCCGCAGUCCAUGAAGAAGUUCUGCUCGGAAGGGUCCAUCGGCUCAUCCUCAGACGUGGCGUGGUCCCCAGGUGGCUCCGCAGUCGUGCAAGGACCGCCAGACAUGAAGCAGUGGCUUAACAGAUUCCAAUCAUGGUCGAACGGGGAGAAGAUCCAAGCGAUCGACGCGCUGAUCCGGCGCUGCGACGCGAGCCACGUUCGCCAUAUGAUGAAAGCUAUAGAGCCGCUUUUCCAACGCGACUUCAUCUCGCUACUACCUAAGGAGUUGGCGCUCACAGUGCUAGCAUAUCUCCAACCAAAAGACUUACUGCGUGCCGCGCAGACUUGCCGCUAUUGGAGGUUCCUAGCCGACGACAACCUGCUAUGGAAGGAGCAGUGUCGGCGCAUAGGCAUCACGACGCUCAAGAAAGUGCCUCGUUCGCUGCCGCGUUGCGCGUCUCCUUGGAAGGCGGCGUACAUGCGCCAGUACCUGAUUGAGAACAACUGGCUGCAUAAGCCGGUGAACAACCCCAUAGUGAUGCGUGGCCACGAUGACCACGUGAUCACGUGCCUGCAGUUCUACGGGAACCGCAUACUCAGCGGCAGCGACGACACCACGCUGAAGGUGUGGUCGGCCGUCACUGGAAAGUGCCUGCGAACGCUGGUGGGGCACUCGGGCGGGGUGUGGUCGUCUCAGAUGGUGGGGGACCUGGUGAUUAGCGGCUCCACGGACCGGACGCUGCGCGUGUGGAACGCCAAGACCGGGCAGUGCCUCAAGGUGCUCGCCGGGCAUACCUCCACCGUACGCUGCAUGCAUCUCUACCAGAACAGGGUGGUAUCGGGGUCCCGCGACGCGACGCUGCGCGUGUGGUCGAUCCCCGACGGACGCUGCUUGCGAGUGCUGGUCGGCCAUCUUGCGGCCGUGCGGUGCGUGCAAUACGACGGCAAGGUGGUCGUCUCCGGCGCCUACGAUUACUUCGUUAAGGUCUGGAACCCCGAGACCGGCGAGUGCCUCCACACCCUCGCUGGACACACCAACAGGGUCUACAGUCUGCAGUUUGACGGUAUCCACGUGGUGAGCGGUUCUCUCGAUACGUCGAUCCGUGUGUGGGACGUGGAGUCUGGGCAGCUGAAGCACACGCUGACCGGCCACCAGUCGCUCACCUCCGGCAUGGAGCUGCACCAGAACAUCCUCGUCUCCGGCAACGCUGACUCCACCGUCAAGGUUUGGGACAUCACCACCGGACACUGCCUGCACACGUUGUCAGCAGGCCCCAACAAGCACCAGUCGGCGGUGACGUGCCUGCAGUCGAGCAACAGGUUCGUGAUCACGUCAUCGGACGACGGCACCGUGAAGCUGUGGGACGUGCGCACCGGCGAGUUCAUCCGCAACCUGGUGGAGCUCGGCUCGGGGGGCUCCGGCGGCGUCGUGUGGCGCAUCCGCGCCUCCGCCACCAAGCUCAUCUGCGCCGUCGGCUCCCGCAACGGCACCGAGGAGACCAAGCUCCUCGUGCUCGACUUCGACGUGCCCGGCGCCUGCCGCAAGUGCGACGAAUAGCAUCGACUCAACCGGCGCCUGCUGCGUCGCUAUGCCAACCUGUACGCGCCUUGGCACUGCUAGGCCUCCCCCGACACCAACGGCACGAGUCAAAGACUGGAUCACAAACCCGCGACGUAAACACGAACCUGGGCGGAAAUUGUCGUUUUUGACUUGGCAAGUUAGCCUACACUACCCACAAUAACAUCAACUUACAAUUGCUUAUCGAGUUGAAAAAAUAUUGUUGUUUUGUUCCCAUUUCAAUGGAGAAUAAAAACUAAAAGCUCAAAUGUUGAGUGUUCUUAAUUUUUAACAGUGUGUGUAUAUUUUAUCGUAUGAACCUAUUUACUUCUUAAAAUUUUUAACAGCUCGCGAAACAUAUUUUACAUUUUGUCAUAUAAUAUUUUGGUGUACAGUCCCUUUAGUGUAUGCAAUUGUAAGUUGUCUGUAACAGUCCCUAAUCGCUGUUGUGACUAUUGAAUCGUUUCUUGUAACAGUAUUACAUACAGUUUGACGGAAAAAUUGCGACGCGAAAGUUGGUACUGCUUGCUAUUUGAAGGUAUAUUUACAUGUGGGGUGAUUUAUUGGAAGUGCUCUGUUUGUCUCUCGUUUGUCCGUGAGGCUGACGUCACGUCGCGUCGCGUGUGGUGUCGAGGGUCGCGCCGCGUGCUCUAGUGGACGUCGCAACUGUUGAUACAAAGUCUACCCACCGGACUGCUAGGUGUGCGAGUGUUACUCUAAAGUGUUACGCCUGAUUUCGACGGCGCGGACUGAAAUACAAUAUAUACUUAUAGUUCAGUGUAUCUCCAGUAUCCACAUGUACUCAAGAUUACCUAUUUAUACAUUCAGUACCAUUACAAUACCAUAUUGUAGCCUCUAUUUAUAGUAUAAAAUUUGUUCAGUAGAUAAAAAUGGUGGCAGCCAUUUCCCAUUGCCAGAUUUCAAAUGCUUCAUUAUCCCAAAGAAUUAAAUGGAAAAUUGGAUUUUAGGUCGUAAUUAGGUUUAUGUUAUGUUAAGGUGCGUUUUAACUUUUGAUUAGUUUUAUUUUAGUUUUCGAUUGUUGUGCCGGGUGGUUCGAUCAGUGGCGCGAUGUGUCCGCGGCGAACGUGAGAUCUGUACUUUAUUAUAGUGUCGUAUUACCGAAUUUCAACAUCUAUCGGGAUAUCAAUCUUCUCGUUUGUGAUCGACUAGAAUUUCAACAAAUUAAUUGGCUUUGUGAUUUUGCACGAUUGAUGUCGGAGUUAGACAACAAGGGGUCUAAAAAGGCCGGAUUGCAGCAAUUCAUCUAAAAAAACAAUGUUGCUGUUUGACAUUGCGCUUUUAUUUUUUCAUGCGCUGAGCACAAGGCCCCAGUCACUUGCUCGUCAACACACUACAAUAUGCGUGCUCGCUGUGGACCGCCGCAUCUGAUCACAACUACGCAAUAUAUUCAUUGAAAAAAUAAUUUGUGCACUGUAAUUGUUUAAAAUAAUUAAUCAUCAUUGAAUUCAACGAAUGCGAUUUUAUUUCUUACAUUAUAACAUUGAAUAAAUAUGUGAUUAUUUAUCGGACUGCGGACGUGAGAUGGUAUUUAGUACGAGAACAUCUUCUGUAAAUUUCAUAAUACGCGUAAAAUAUUUAAUCUUGGUCUCAAAAAUAUUUUUUGCGAUAAUUAGCACGGAUGUCCAUUUAGACGAUUGCAAAGUAACACCGUACCAUCUUACUGCAUGCAACAUUAUAUUGCCAAUUAUUUAUUUUGUACUUUUUUCGUUUGUAAUGUCCUAAUACUUGUAAGUGAUUUUCCAUUUAUGUUAUUGUGUCUUAUUUAAUUAAUUGCAUAUAUCAUUAUUGAAAGGCCAGCAAUUUUAUCACUAAACAUUUUUAAUAGUCUCUUAAGGUAAUUUUAACAUAUGUCUAAAUAAUGUAAACGUAAUAACAUUUCAGACUUCGAAUAAUACCGAUUUAAGCUAUUAACUUUUCAUGUAAUUGAAGGUGGUAGAAUGCGCAAACGCAAGUAAAAUAAUUGAACACAAGCUAUAGUCGGCAAGUGGCUCCGCAAACUCACUAUGGCCGUGUUUGAAUAAUUGUUGUGUAUAUAUAUAAUAUUAAUAUUGUGUGAUCACUGACGGCGCGCUGUAUCGUCGCCUCUUCUAUAUUAGCUGAUCUAAUAAAUAAUUAAACAAAGACUGAAAGCAUAGGUAUAGUGUAAUAUUUAAAGUAUUGAAUGUAGUUACUUGUGUACUACCAAACAUCACACUGCUGUAUGUCUUUGUCGACUUGCAUAUCUUAUCGGUUUUAAUUAAACAAAAUGUUAUUAGUUAGGUGUCCCCCGAGCGAGUGACCGUGAACACUGUGCAAAGUGUGGUAACCUUAACAUUCACCGGCUCAGCGUGUUGAAGGUCAUUCGGGCGGGGAUGCGCCAGCGAUGGGGCCGCGACCCCCUUCAGUAAUAUUUGAACAUUUCACUUAGUUACGGUGUUUAGUUUAAGAAUUUAAUGUAGUUCUCUUGAAUAUUCCAAUUGGCAACAGUCGAACCCAAGACGAGUGGACUUGCAUUAGUGUAGUUGUUUUUGAUAUGUUAUUUUUAUUAAUAUGACAACUGAUAGCCAGUGUCAUUGUAUUCGUUAAUUAAGUCUCAAUCGUUUUGGUCUACGAGGCAAACUGGCAACUCCACCUCGUUAAAGGGUUCCCAUUUUGUAAUUGAUGAUUAUACACUCAAUAUGAAACACAAAAGAAAUUGUAUUCGAACUUAACUCACCAUGUAGUAGUAUUAAACAUUGUAACCAAUCGUAUAUCCGAUGUAUCUCUCGACAGUCUUGAUUGACGAUAUCUGGGUGGCUAAUAAAUAAAAAAACAGGUUGUUUCAAUCACUGGAAUGGUUUUAAUUUGGACCAUUCUUGGUCGGCUUCCAUUGUGGUUGUAAAGGAAUCAGUGGCCGUGACGCCGUCUGCGGAGGUUCCGUGUACAUCGUGGCUACGACUUCGCGGCCAUUACACUUGUUUCUAGUUGUAACAGUUCUUUUUCACAUCCUAAUUUGGCUUAAUUUGUAAUUUGAGUUAUAAUAGUGAUUAAAUCCAAUUGUUUUCAAGUUUU